CCACAGUAAACCCAGAAAUCCACUCCUUUCCCGGUUUUGGAUCUCAAAACCGCAUGCACUCUGCACCACUGCACAGCCUCUUUCGCUUCAACACCACCACCACCACCACCACCUCAUUCUCUCCACGCUGCCGAUCCAUUCACUUAUUGUACAGUACAGUCUAUCACAGUAAAACUUGUAGCCUCUGUGCUAUACUUGCACUCACUCUCAACACCCACCACUUUCGCUCGUUCCAUAUCACCAUUCAUCCAUGCGCACCUCUCUCCUUACUCGACUCGGCGCAAUCGCGCCAUUCACUUGAACAAAUCAUCCUGUGGUGCACCCGUGCAUCCUCCAACGGCAUCCCACUUUGCGACUUCCAAAAAUGUUGAAACCCGCGACUCCUCUGACGGUCCUACUGUUCAUAUCCUUCGUCCUUCUACUCCUCUCCGUCAUAUCCACUCCCGUGGUCAAAGGAAUCCCUAUCGCAACCUAUAAGGGUGUCAACUUUGGUGUCUUCGGUUAUUGUACUACCACAGGAUGCAGUGGUAUAAGAGUGGGAUAUACAACGGAUGACUUGUCCAGCUCUAGUUCAGACUUCAGCUUGCCGUCGAGCACCAGGCAUUCCUUAUCGUCGCUCCUCAUCGUCCACCCGGUCGCUGCGUUCAUGAACUUGGUUUGCCUUGCCUUGGCUGCAGCCGCUCACUUGCAUUCUCCAUCGCACUCUGCCCGAUAUUUGCUGGGCCUUCUGAUCCUCCUGCUGCCAACUUUACUCGUCACACUCCUGGCUUUCUUGGUUGAUAUCCUCUUGUUUGUCCCGCAUUUACAAUGGGCAGGAUGGAUCGUGCUCGCCUCGACAAUCUUGAUCGCGGCUUCGGGGGUGGUCACCUGUGCCAUGAGGAGAACUUUGGUCUCGCGCAAGGCGCGCAAGAAGAGAAUCGCAGAGAAUGCCGAAAUGAGCGGGGAGAAUUUCUACAACAGACAGGCGCAGGAGAGCAAGACCAAUACCUUCACCACAGCAGAGCCCACAAUGCCCAUGGUCAAUGGUGCUCCUGGCGGAGACAGGUUGCCAAACUUUGCGACAUAUGACGCGAACCAUAGGCCUGAUGAAGAACUUCAGCCCCUGAGAUCACAAGCAUUGUCUACCGAUGGAGCGACCACAAGGGACGGUGCUUCGGAACGCUUCUACCCUCCUGGUUCUCGAGCAAGCAGUCGACCCCCUUACAGCGGACCGACAGAUCAGUUCGGAAACGUUCCUCCAGUUCCUGUCGGCGCCGCGAUGACUCCCCAAGGCAGAAGAUCCGGAGAAGAACGAAACCCCGGUGGUGCUUAUCGAUCAGGAUCCGUCCCACCACCAGCAACCUACCGCGAUGGCUCUGUACCUCCUCAAGGUCCUUACCGCGACGGCUCGGUCCCUCCACCGGGUAGUCGAACCUACGGCGGACGUGGCAGGGGUGGCCAUCCCUCUCGGGGAGGUUACCCUCAACGUGGCGGUUAUGGUCCCAGGGGACCUCCACCACCUCAAGGCUACCCUGGUCGCGGUGGAUUCUCGACGGAAAUGAGAGGAAAUUAUGGCGGACGUGGUAGAGGUGGCUAUCCUCCGCCGGGUGCCGCUGGCGCUGUUGGGGGAGCUAUGGCAGCCGGUGCAAUGAUGGCAGGUGGGCAAGGUCGUCCUCCGCCAGGUUACAGAGGCAAUGGACCGGACAGAGUCACACCACCCGAGGACUAUCAGGAUAGAAUGGGACCGUUCGGGCCCAUUGCCAAUUCGACACCAUACAUCGAAAACGGAUCGCCCAACAGGGGUGACACAAUCAGUCCGUCUGUAUAUACUACCGUGACCAGUGGUGAAGAGCAAGCUGUUCCGUACGGCGCCCGCGCACAGUCUCCCGGAGGACAACGGAUGCCAUCCUACGGAAGCCGACUGCAGUCUCCGAGUGGAACUGCUCGUCAACCUUCUUUACCUCCAGCCAUGCCCCCUCUUCCAUCUCAAGCUGCAGAGUUGCCGAGCACUUCGAGAGAGUCUAAUUCAAGAUCACAAAUUCAAGAUCAAUACGUUCCUCCGCGUGCUGCAUGGAACAAUACGUCCACCAACGACUUUGCUCAGCCCGGGUCUCCAGGGCGCUAUCAAGGGUCUGCAAUUGAGCUCCCUACCAGUGGAAGCCACGUGGGAGGCUACCCCCCCGGACCCCGAAAGAACCGUGUAAAUUCUGGUGGUCAGAGUGAUGUAUAUUAUGAAGAUGUCGACCCGCGUUUUGCCUCCGACCCCGAUACCAUGCCACCCAUGCCACAAAACCCUCCGCUACAAAACCAAUCAAGAGUGCCUCCUCUUUUGACACCUGGACCAUACCGACCGGACUCGGUCACCAGACUGCCACAAACAAAUUCCUACGAAGACCUGCCAGGCGCUCGGUCGCCUGCCGAGAGCGAAGCCAGUAACUUCACCUCCGUCAGCCAGCGAGGAGUCAAUCCCAAUUGGCGACCAGGUAACGGUGGGGAGUUCAGCUCACUUGGUCCCGCGAGACGGCAACACCAGGCGAAGCGUGAUGUCCUGCUUGCAGGAAAUCCCGACUUUGAAAUCCCCGGCAUGAGUGGUGCUCCCCGUGCAGGACCGCGGACGCGAGGCGGACCCGGUAUGAGAGGUGGCCUGGGUGGAGGGCCUCCUCGGCCUAUACCCGCCAGCGCUGUUGGAGCGGGAGCGGAUGGCAGAUACCCAAUGGGGCCAGAGUCACCAGGACUAACGGGUGGCAUGAGAGAAAUAUAAUAGCGAUGAAUUGUAUGUAACUACGGCCAAAGAUUAAUUAAUAACGCUUCUGGAGGAUAACAAACAAUGAGAUUACGAUUAUGCGAGAUUGAUGUUUGACAUUU